UCAUGCCAGGAAGAAGUCCGCGAAGUAGGUAGGGCAUUUCCUCAAUAGUCGAGAUCAAACGAAUUGAGUUAGUUUUGUGUUAAGUUUGAUGCGUAUUAAUUCUUUAAUGCUUUGACCAUCGAAUAAUUUGGAUUAUGGCAACUCAUGUUAAAAAACGUGCUUUAGCAGAGUAUGCCCAAACUGUGGAAGAAGGCCCCCGGCCUGCAAAGACGCUGGUACUGCCAGGGCGAGUGCCAAGCAAGUUGCAUUCUGCAGAGCUGCUGUUACAACAAACACUGGCAGAAUGGACUCCAGCUUGCUUGUUGGACACCAGCAAUACAUGUGUUUUAGCUGGCUUAUUAACUCUUCACUAUGCUGUCCCUCUCAAUAUGGACAUUCAGCAUGAAGCAGUAGAGGCACUGUUGUCUCUUCUGCAAAGGCUUGCAUCCUCCACUGAAAGUGAGCAGGUAGAAGAUGAAGAUUUAACUAUAUCUGUUGUUGGAGAAUCUCCUGCUUGUCCUGUAUCAACUCAAGAUGUGUUGGCACAAGUUGUAGCAGUUCUACCAAAAGUCAUCACUACAGCAAUUGCUGGCGAGAAAUUUAAGGAACAGCUUGCUAAUAGUGCUGUCGACUGUCUGUGUCAAUGCAUGAGCGUUUGGCUGCAGAAAGAACACCACCGGCAGAUUCUUGUUAGCCAGACUUUACCAACAAGCAACAAUCUCAGUGCUGCAUCACCUUGCAACCGCGUGCUGAGUCUUGCAGUUAGAGCUGCAACAUCCCUGGCACUUCUCACACCUCUCAUGGAGACUCCUGUAGCCAAUACCACUGCAGCACUCAAGUCUUCCAGACACCAAGUGCUCAAAGUUGCUCUUGCUGGGCUAGCUACACAUCAGCACCACUUUGUGAAGGUCAGCUGCCUGGAAGCUGCUGGCAGAUUGUGCGGUAGUGUGGGCCGUCCUGGAGGCCAGGAGGAGAAUAUUCCUGAACGCACUUCACGCUUGGGCCUUCAGAAAGACAGAGCUCAUGGCCAGCCUUCCACUUCCAUGGAAGUGAUCAAUGCACUGUUAUGCCACGCUUCUCACCACGACAACAGAGUGCGAACCGCCGCCUACAAAGCAAUGAUGAGCUGUGAAGACGCUGGUGUUCGGCUGCCCACUGAGGCAUACACUGCUGUAUGCGAGGCCCUUGACGACGAUUAUCAGUGUGUGAGGGAGGCUGCCAUUGAUCUAAUUAAGACCAUCGCUGUCAAUGAUGGCAACCGCUUGGUACCGACCUCCUCUUCAGAAGAGGAACCUGAGCGUCUGGCUGAUCACGCUUUCUUUAGGAUAUGUGGCUGCAUGAACGACAUAUCUGUGCGCGUUCGUGUCAGUGCCGCUAGAGCAUUGAGCAGCAUUCCUGGUGUGUCGCAAAACGUGCUACUGCAGACACUAGACAAGAAGUUAUUCAGCAACAUGCGACGUAAGCUGAGCUACCACGAACGUCAGGCAGCGCUGGUGAGCAGCGGUCAGUGGUCGAGCGGGCGCGCCUGGGGCGACGACACCGUAAGGGAGACGCUCAGCGCCGAGCACACAAGUCUCACGCACUCCGCUGGCGCCUUCGUCCAUGGCCUUGAGGACGAGUGUCUCGAGGUGCGCAGCGCGAGUUUGGACGCUCUCUCGGUCCUGGCUGAAGGCUCAGAAAUUUUCGCUAACCAGUGCUUGGACUUUCUGGUGGACAUGUUCAACGAUGAAAUCGAGGACGUCAGACUGAAAGCUGUUCAGGUGCUACAGCGAAUAGUUCAACACAUAAAGCUUCAAGAGGAUCAGUUGGAUGAAAUCCUGCAUGCACUCAAGGACAGUUGGCAGUGCAUACGUGAGAAUGUCCACACUCUCAUCGGGUCUUGUUGUCUGGCCACGACGGCUUGUCUGCUGGCAACCGUCAACGCCCUCAUGGAUAACAUAAGAAGGUACCCACAGGACGUGCCUAGCAUCCAGCGCUGCAUGGUGUCCAUGGGGUGUCGUCAAGCGAGCCUCGUGGCCGGGUUGGUACCGCAGCUGUUGCUGACUCACCCCUACUUCGAUGCUGUAGAGCCAAGCCUUCACCAGCCGCACUACAUCUGCAAGUUGUUACUGGUGCUGAACGCAGCGUCUAAGGUUCCCACCAUCCUGCCACUGCUGGAGGAGCAUACACUUAGCCACUAUUCAUAUCUCAGAGACACCCUGCCCAAUCUCGUGCCCCUGCUCAAGGUGAAGAACACCGCAUUCAACGAAAGUUCGGUAGCAGACGUCCUCAGCAACACGGAGGAUUUUCUACAACAGUCGCUGAGCAAACUGAGGCGUUUGGAGCACUCAAGUAAUCAACUGCGUAUCACCUUGUACCUCUCCGUGUAUGCUGAUUUGCAGAAACUGUCCGCACUUGAUCCUACGAUGUCUGCAGCCGCUCAAUUUGCUGCUCUGUACACACGCUGCACACUUCUGUUGACUCGUCUCUUGAGCUGCCCUACGUGGCUGCAGCAGGAGUCAUCUGGUAGUAACGUUCAGCAGCUGGUGACCCUCACCUUCCGCCUGGUGCAUGCUUUCUCUGGCUUAGGUCCUGGAGAUAGGGCCUGUGCUAGAGGAAUAAGGUUGCGGGCAUUAGCACUACAGCUUGUUUAUGUCGUCAAUGGAUCAACGGGUUCUGCCUUGGGGCUUUGCGAAACCUUUCUCAAUCACGCACGACCUCUGAAGGAAGCAUCGAAUGCUCUGCAACCUUCUUCUUCAAAUAAUAACAGGCUGACUGAGAAAGAGGUUUGCGAUGCGUAUGAAGAUCCGUUCCAGGUGGUUGUCCUUAAUCAGCUAAAAGAUGAACGUCGCCCAGGCACAGUGGCCAGGACGCUACAGCCACUUCUGACAGCCCACCCGCCGCCUGCUCUGCCGCCCAUCGUUCAACCUCGCGCCAUAAAACAGGCGUCUGCCACCAUCACAGAGCCCAGUCAAGAUUCAGAAGCCGUUCAUAAGCUCACGGCGGGUCUGUUACUUGCGAUCCCGUUGGAUGCACAGCUUUACCACGUGCCUGAGCCUCGCAGUGUUCGCAUCAGGAUUGCUUAUCCAGAUCAGUGUGUUCAGUACGUCGUACCGCGAGCUACUCACUUGCUGCCCACAGACGAGCCCCAUUGCUACAGACUGCAGACGACCGUCCUGCUCACUGCAGGCGUGUGGUCGGAAGCGUGUCAGGUGCAGCUGAGCCUCGUGCUAGACCUCAGCCCGCCAGGCCCUAAGCGUAGACACGAUCCUCAUACCAUCGACCUCAGUGAACCCACGUCGCUCAUGCUCUGGCCCAAACCCAUGAAGAAGAGCCUUUGAGGAAAGACUGGUCUGCCGGAAUCAGGUUAUCGCUGCCAACUCAAAGUUGAUAACUGAUAUUGUCGUGUAAAGAAAAUAUUACGAGGAAGUAUAAUGUUAAUCAGUAUGCAAUAAAUGUAACAACCAUUUUAUAUUUUUCCAUAUCAUCAUACAUAGU